UUGGCGACUUUGGCACUCUUGGUGUUGGGCGGUUGGCAUGUUGGGGGUGACAUGAGCCAGUGGCAUCAUGCCCGUGUGCGCUGGUGUCAGCGUCGCGGCUUUUCCGGACGUUCGUCGGCCAGGAGGAAGGGCGGAAAGCACAUCCCGGAAAGUUGGAAGGACUAUCUCCCAGUUGGACAGCAGAUGCCUGGGACUUGUUUCAUUGCUUUCAAAGUUCCUUUAAAAAAGAGUUUUGAAAAGAACUUGCUCCAGAAGAAUGUUUUUCCCCCUUGCAUGUUUUUUAACAAAAUCCAAGAACAGAAUGAAGAACUCGGGCUGAUAAUUGACCUAACGUACACGCACCGCUAUUAUAAGCCAGAGGACUUACCAGAAAGUAUUCCUUAUUUAAACAUUUGUACAGUUGGGCAUCCGGUGCCAGAUGAUGACACUAUUAUUAAAUUUCAAUGUGCUGUUAGUGGAUUUCUGAAAGAAAAUAAAGAUAAUGGCGAACUUAUUGGUGUCCACUGUACCCCUGAUUUAAACAGGACUGGCUACCUCAUCUGCAGAUAUUUGAUUGAUACAGAAGGCAUGAGGCCAGAUGCUGCAAUUGGAUGUAAGUAUAAGGCUUUUCACUACUUUUCCAUUUUUAUAAAAUUUGAAGUUAGAAGUCCUCACUCCCUCGAGCUGCCCCACGAGGCCUCCCGGGGAGCCCCUGAACCGCUGGGUGCCUGUGUCCUGUGGCUGUUGGAGCCGUUGCCCAGUGCCCGUGUCCCACAGCUCUCACCCAUGACCGUGGACGCGUCCGUAGGAUUUUUGUCAAGCGUUUCACUUGAUGGUGAUGUUUACAGAAGGUGGCACGCCCCCUGUCAAUGA